UGCAUCAGAUAGAAUGAUCGUAGGCAUUUUUGUAGUUUGACAUAGUCAUUUCUCGGUUCUUCAACUACUUUUAUAUCUUCACGUCCAUAGUCACAUUGACCAUGGCAAACGUAGAUGGAGCUGAUAGUGAUGUGGUCCACCAUGAAGCCAAUACGAAAGCUAUCAUUGGCAGUGACGAUCUUGGGGUCGGAGAUUUGUACAUUUGCAAAAGUUGUGUAAGAUGGAAGUCAUCAUACGAAAACAAGGCCUUCACACUGCAGUACAAGUCUGUAGGAUUACAUGCAGUGAGUCGUAACGGAUCUUCAUUCCCCAUGCCUUGUCUCUAUUGCAUGGUGGGUGCGCGAGUCAGCGCAGCUACAAAUGGAGAUGCCGCCACCAAUGCUGCACCUAAUCGCCGUGAGGUUAACGUUGUUGAGAUGUCAGAUGAAGGUGCUGAGGCCGCAGCUACUGCUGCUGUAGCAGCAGCUGGUAGUGACGAUGAGGGCGACUGGGAAGAUGAUGAUGAGGAUGAAGAGACAACUGAAGUUCGCUUUGCUCCUGAGGAGCCGGAUCACCUGGAUAGCAUGUACAGUGCUAUGAGUCAAUGUCAAGCAAUGCAUCCAGACACGGAUGACGACGAAGAUGAGCAACAUCAGCUUGGUGAAGGCAACGACAGCAUUCUCAUGGAGAAUAUCAGCAGCAUGGAAGGUUUCUUUACGUCAGCCGAUGACGUUGUACACUUGACUGCCGAAGGACAGCGUGUUCUGGAGCAUCUGAAUGCUGUUACCGUCGAGGCACCCGCUAAUGGAGACGACGAGCCUGCAGAAGACGGCCAAUUUGAUGAUGCAUGAGAUAGCAAGUCACCGGCCUGAGUUGCCAGCGGUUUCUGUGACUGGGUGCUGGCUGAUUCAGUCACAAAACACCCUGGUCUGCUGGAGGCCAUGGUGGUAAUAUGAGGCAAGCCGUGUCCAGGAAAGACAGCCACCCUGAGAUAGCCUCGCAGUGGCUUUAUCUUUGGACUUGGCAUUGCGAUCGUGUUGGGUUUCAGUCAAUCAACAGUUGAAAUACCUGAUUGAACUCGAAGUCGUCCGCCCAUCUACCCAUCCAUAUACAUUCAUGGCAGCAGCGAACACCAAGCAUCAUGUUUUGAGUGUGUGUUGUGUGACCAUGUAGUUGGCGUGGAGUUGACUGAUGUACCGCAAAUUGACACUACAAAGCAAAGGAGUUCUGUGGCUUGUUCUCCGGUUGAUCAACAAUCACCUAACGUAGCACAGAACACCACUAUGUCUGCAGAAAUCUAUGUGUGAUGGUGCUUCAGCUACAUUUUGUUUUGUUUGCUCUUUUGUAUUAUUUCAUGAUGCUCAAUGGCAUGCUUGAAGUGAAAUGCUUUGUUUCUGAUUUUCUUGUGCUGUUCUUGUGACCUGCUGCUCGUUCCUUUGAGCCUUUAAUUCCCCAAAGCCCUCUGGCCUGUGGUCUUCGUCAACUAACUCAACUGACUACUUACUCAAAGUUA